AAUCCAAGCCCCUCUUUGAUGGAUGCGAUUCCUCCCAGAACUCCUCCCUGGCUAUUUCCACCCCUUCCUUCCGCCGCUUAUAGUUGACAAGAUGGCAGUGAUGGAAGGACCUCUGAGCAAGUGGACGAACGUGAUGAAGGGCUGGCAGUACCGCUGGUUCGUCCUGGAUGACAGCGCAGGACUCCUCUCCUACUACACGUCCAAGGAGAAGAUGGUGCGAGGAGCGCGUAGAGGUUGUGUGCGUCUCAAGGGAGCGGUGGUUGGGAUUGAUGACGACGACGAUUCCACAUUCACCAUCACUGUGGAUGCCAAGACCUUCCACUUCCAAGCACAUGAUCCAGACGAGCGGGAGAAGUGGAUCCGUGGACUGGAAGACACCAUUGUCAGACACACACCGUCCAUUAGGAGGUGGGAUCCCUCUAAACCAGCUCCCACCAUGGCAGACUUCGACAAGAAGCUAACGGAGAGUGAUGCAUACCUGCAGCUGCUGAUUGACCAAACAACCGUCCUGGAGAAGCACAUGCUUACGACAGAGGAUGAGGCUGACAGACAGCGCUGCCAGGCAGUUAUCGGAAAUAUCAACAAUGUGUUGGAGUCUAUUAAGCAUUCCAUUGUCCUGCUGCAGAUUGCCAAAAACACUGCUUUUCCAGUCAACGGCGUUUACCAUCCCUGCAAUGCCAUCCCCGAGGGAACGUCUCCGUCUGCAUCAUCUUUAGGAGGAGCGAGCAUUGGAGGAGGUGGGGAGGGGGGUUCUGAUGGAGGAGGAGGAGGAUUGAGAGGAGGAGUGCUAGUAUCCUCAAGCGGAGAGCCUGGAGUACCACUCACUGUUUCCCCAACAGUGCAAACGGGAAUCGAAGUGGGCCGGGAGUGUGCUGAGGCAGCCAACGCGCUUGUAGGGAUGCGCCAGAGAAGCCCAGUUCCCAGUGCCCUCGUCCCUCCAGACAGCGUCGUACCCGAAACAUCCUAUUCCAGCUCCGAAGACGAGGAUUUCUUUGAUGCUGAUGAGUUUGCCAAUGCAACGCCCACUCAGAGCCCAAGCGGGCCACGACUUUUCGAAGAUGCAGUGGAGACCAUACCUGGCCGAGGGGAUGCCUCAGGGGCAUCUGCCCCCAGCGCCACCUCUCCCACCAGUGCAGCUGGCCCCUCCGAUGCGGCAGCCCAGACUCCCCUCCUCGCACACUCUGCCGUUGCCCCCUCACCAGAUAACUCGGGCAGUGAUGGCCAGUCCAGCAUCGUGCCGACACAUUCACCGUCCAGCCCUGUUCUGCUCUCGCCCACGCGCAAAUCUCCUGGAGGCAGCGGCUCCCCGGAGACCUCUGCCAGCGGGUUUGAUGCAUCCAUCGACUACGACCGCAUGUACGAGGAUGAUGAUGACCCGGAGCUAGGCUCUAUGGAGGGCCAUGGCUCUGUCAUCCACCACUUGCUCUCACAGGUAAAGAUUGGAAUGGACUUGACCAAAGUGGUUCUGCCAACUUUCAUUCUGGAGCGGCGCUCCUUGCUUGAAAUGUACGCAGACUUCUUCGCCCACCCGGACCUCUUCUGCAGCAUAGCAGACAUGCAGAGCCCCCAGGACCGUAUGAUCCAGGUGGUGAAGUGGUACCUGUCAGCGUUCCAUGCUGGCCGCAAGAGCGAGGUUGCAAGGAAGCCCUAUAACCCUAUUCUGGGAGAAGUCUUCAGAUGCUAUUGGGAGGUCCCUGGGGUGCGUCCAGGAGAGGAGACUGUGCCAGAUGGCCCCGUUCCUUGGGGUACAAACAACAACCUGUGCUUUGUGGCAGAACAGGUCUCUCACCACCCCCCCAUCUCUGCCUUCUAUGCCGAGAACAAGGCCAAGCGUAUCUCCUUCUGCAGCCACAUCUGGACCAAGUCAAAGUUCCUUGGCCUGUCCAUCUGUGUGUACAAUAUUGGCCAGGGCUGUGUCUCCGUCAUGGAGCAUGAUGAGGAGUACAUCUUGAACUUCCCCAGCGGUUAUGGGCGGUCCAUCUUGACUGUUCCAUGGGUGGAGUUGGGAGGAACUUGUCAAAUCACAUGCAACAAGACAGGUUAUAGUGCCAACAUUGAGUUCCUCACAAAGCCAUUCUAUGGAGGGAAGAAGCACAGAAUAUCUGCAGAGAUUCUAAACCCAGGGGAGAAGAAGCCGGUGUUGACAGUGGAAGGCGAGUGGAACGGUGUGAUGACAGCUAAGUGGAGAGAUGGCUCGACAGAGACCUUCGUUGAUACGCAGAGCAUGGCCACCGUGAAGAAGAUUGUGAAACCAGUUCAUGAACAGGCCCUCAACGAAUCACGAUUCAUGUGGAGAGAAGUUACAGCUGGACUCAAAUUCAACCACAUUGACCACGCCACAGCAGCCAAGUAUGCCCUGGAGCAGAAGCAGCGUGAUGAGGCCAAGUACCGCAAGGAGAACAGCAUCUCUUGGGAGACAAAGCUUUUCAACCUGGUGGGAGACAAUUGGAUCUACAACUCACCACUUCAAAAGAGAUUAAGCCAGUGAUGCCUUGGGUGUCUGCUCUUUGCAUCAGGGGGCCAAUAUCCAUCCUGAUUGGUCGUGGCUUCCUGUGCAUUUUAUUUACUUCAGGUAGUGGCAUUCAUGGAGGGACAGUACAGUGACGUGUGCUUGCGGUAGACGCAGUGGAGAUAUAUAUAUAUUUUUUUCAUUAUAUACUUGACCCUCCAGAAAGAAUUAAUGGUAUUAACAAUGACCAUUGCAUAAAGCGUUCUUUCAAGAAUACAGAAAAGCAAAGGUGAAAUAAUCAUUCCAGAAGAUUCAAAGUGCAAGCAUGGCAUCUUACUCCACAAGUUAGGAUGUGCAGCACUAUCAGCUAGGAGGUGUUGCUGGAUGUCAUGUGUGAUGAUCCUGGGGUUUCUGGCAGGAAAAGAAAAAAACGAGGACCACACAUUGCAUUUUCUUCCCAUUGCCGUUGUUUUGACUGAGCAAAGAGUGUCAUUAGCAUGGAAUAGCAAUAGUAAAUAAUAACUGGUAACAUGUGAAUGGUGAAGCUGUUUUUUCUAUGCAAUCAAAACUCCUCUAGCUUUAAGAACUUAGGAAAAUUUACUGUAUGUGAGAUAUUUAUAUUAAAGACUACUAGUAAAAGAAGAGAGAGUAGUAGGGAGGAGGAUUUUGUAGACAGAAUAACAAGAAGGGGACUGAAAUUGCUCAAGGGGAAAGGGAUGCUUUUCCCGAGCAUUCGAAGUCAGGUAAUUUAAAUGUGUGUAAAUACAUUUGUUGUAGAUUUGUGUGUGAGAAAAGCAUGAUGAGAUGUCUUAUCAAAAAUCAUUAGUGUACAGUCUGUUCUUACCCACUGAUGAUAAGCAGGUGCCAUAAGCAUUUCAAAGUUCUGUCAGUUUUUUUUUCCCCAAGAAGAAAAAAGGUGAAAGUUGGUAAGCCAGCCAGAGACUUAACUAGGAAAGAAACAUGAUUGAUGUGCAUUUAUCCCAGAAAACCAUAAUAACAUGCAAAGUCUUCUACCAUACCUGUGAUCUAUGCAAACCCUGAGAAGGGAGACAGGAAUGCAGUCUUUAUAUAUAAAAGAUAUGAUACCAUACAUAGCACUAUGUCAGUUAAACCAAAUCAUAUCUCAAUGAAUAUUUAUCAAGAAUCUUAUUUUUGGACACAAAAGCUCAAGGUCCAUUUUGAGGGCAGAUCUCUACGCAUCUGAAUUUCUCAAGGUUGCAAGAAAAGACUCCCUUUUUGCUCCCUGCUUCUAAUCACUCCCAGUCAGCCUGUUUCUCAUGAGUGUUGGAUUUGCAAUGAUUUGCAACAAAUUCACAAUUUACAACAACAAUUUACAAAACAUUACCAGAAUCCGAGUGAUAUCAUUGGGUAAACUGUGCUAAUGAAACUGUUUUCCAUGAUGUGUGUGCCUUGGGAAGGAAGAGUCAGUACUAUGGAUUGAUUUUUAUUUGAUUUGAUUUUUUCUAUUAUUAUAUAUAUAUAUUUAUUUUCUUUUUUUUCACCAUCAACAAGAGUGACCAAUAGAGAAAACCUCAAAACAAAAGUAUUAAGAUCUUAAGAACUAAGGGUUUUAAGAAUCUUAAUUCAUUAAUAUUCUGUUAUAAUUCAACUCCUGAAAAUAAUUUCUCAUAGGAUUAUUUUUUUUCUUCUUCCAAGGGAAUGAUUGUUAAAAGUUUGGAUAUCAAAUGGUUAUUUAUUUCUCAGUGCUAUACUGUAGGCCAUGGUAUUCACACAUCCGUAAAUACUGCCUUACAAUAAUAGUAAUAUUAAUGAUUGAAAUUAUCAUAAUCAUAAUAUUAAUAAUGAUAAUAAUAGUAAUAAAGCAUACAGUGAUUAUUUGUUAUUGCAGAUUUAGGUAAGAAAAACGUGUAAUGAGUAGGGGAACUUUAGGUAGAGUUUCAGAUGAUGAUUGUAUUUAUUUUGUGGUCCAAAGUCUACAAAAUGAUUCAUGGAUAUUCUUCAGAGCUUAAGUAGUUGGUUGACCUCAAAAUGUCCUCACUCUCUGUGUAUUGUUGGUGAUGUUUCUCCUCCUUGUGGCUUUACAAAAUGGUAAUAUGGUGUAUGUGAGUUUGGUGAGAGUGAGAGUGAAAGAAGUGGACUGAGUUCGUCGUUUCUUUUCCUUUUUUGCCAUUGCAGGUCAUCUUGGUUCUCCGAGAGUGAUUGCAUGCCAUUGCAGGAAAUGUAUGUUAUAUAGAUUAUGCAAUAACGAAGUGAUAGUAAAAUUAUUACAUAUCUGCCAGAGGGGUUGGGGA